UUAUUUAAAGAAAAGGGAUCAUUUGAGUCAUUUCUAUGUGUGUGCCCCAUGCUACUUUCUUUGACUAUGUUCAUAGUUUUUUUUUUAAAUAUUCUCUUUCCACUUUUGUUCUUCAUAUCUCAUCUAUAAAUAGAAGCCAACCAUUCGUCUCUUCCAACUUCCUCCUCAAUUUACAAUACCCUUUAAGUUAGUAACUUAGUAUCAAUGGUGAAAGCUGUUCAAAAGGCCACAAAGCGAAUGUCUUCUCCAUCCUCAUCUUCAUCUUCAUCAUCGUCCAUAAGCAAGAGUAACCUGAUCAAGAAGUACAAAGGAGUGAGAAUGAGAAGUUGGGGUUCAUGGGUUUCAGAGAUCAGAGCUCCUAAUCAAAAGACAAGGAUCUGGCUUGGUUCUUACUCAACCGCUGAAGCCGCUGCUCGAGCAUACGAUGCUGCUCUUCUCUGUCUGAAAGGAUCUUCAGCUAAUAAUCUCAACUUCCCAGAGAUCUCAUCUUCUCUCUACAAUACCAACAAUAGUGACAACAAAAACAAUAUUAGCAUGUCUCCGAAGUACAUACAGAGAGUGGCUGCUGCAGCAGCAAACACAGAUCCUUCUUCCUCCUCCGUCUGUACUUCAUCUCCAUUGCCUUCUUCAUCUCAAUCUGAAGAUCUCUAUGAUGUUGUCUCCAUGUCUCAGUAUGACCAACAAGUAGUCUCCUUGUCUGAAUCAUCAUGGUACAACUGCUUUGAUGGUGAUGAUCAGUUCAUGUUGCCGUAUUUGACAACACCACUUGCUGAUGAUUUCUUUGAGGAAGGAGAUAUCAGAUUAUGGAAUUUUUGUUGAUUCUGAUUAAAUUAUAUGAUCAUACCUUAUUUUUCUACAGUCAUCAAAAACAAAAAGAUUAUUUGUUUCAAUAUAUAUCAGUUAUAUAAAUGAUACAUUGUGUUAUAUCAUUUUUUAUUUAUAGAUUGUAAUAUCCUGAAUAUGUGGUUUGCAAACAUAUAUGUUGUAGAGAAAAUAUAUGUGGGGAUAUUUGUACCAAAAAUCAAAGUUAGCUUUAAAACUAGAUAGUGUUCAUUGUUAAUCUAGAUAGCAAUGAUUAAGCACGCAUAAGAUGUAAAUAAACUUCUA